AUGAUGCGGUCUUCGCAUACUCACUGGGAUUCCAGUGGCAAGAAGGUCUUGCUCAAGGCCAUCGGCUUUCUCUGUCUCUCCCUGUUCGUCGUCGUCGUGAUUCUGCUGCUCGUGAGCCUCCUCAGGAUCUCGACCUCCCGUAACGACUCGUUCGCCACGUGCCGGUCUCCGUCCUGCUCGCGCUACAGUCACCUGGUCAACCACAGCCUCAACCCGGUCGUCAAGCCCUGCGACAACUUCUACCAGCACGUGUGUCACGGCUGGACCCGCGACCACCUCGGAUCUGUUAUGGCGGAGCAGUACCUCGACCACGUCACGGUCCUUCUGAGGAAGACAAGCCCGCAGCUGAAGAAUCAAAGCCCACUCGAGAAGGUGGCCAAGCUAUUUCAGUCUUGCGAAGAGGUGUUGGCCCAAAGCGAGGAGUCCGCGUCCAUGGCGGAUAUCAUGAGGGGGACGCUCCUGGAGUGGCCAAGCCCCUCCUCGAAUCCGGACGUCUUGCAGUCUAUCACGAGACUUCAGAUCAAGCUCAACCUGUCCAUUCUGCUCGUGAUCGAGAAGCGUUACUACGAGAACCACACAGCCGUGUUGCUCUGGCCCUGCGACCAAGUCCUGAAAAUGAAGCGAAGACGGGAGAAAAUCAUCCGGUACAGCAACUACGAGGAGUACCACGGCAAGUUCCGCGACCACCUGGCAGCUCCACACGACGUUGGGCUGCAAAGCUUCGAGGAAUUCAGCAAGGUCGAGGCGGCAGUUUUCCGCUACCUGGGCGACCAGUUCUACAGAGUCGAUGCCGUCACCGUCUUCUCACUAGCCGGCCUGGCGAACCUGACGUACCACGUAAGCCUCGAGCGCUGGCGGACGUUGUUCGAAACAGAACUAGGCCUAGUGACCGGCCAGUCGCUCAAGAUUCACGUGGGCAGCGUACAAUACCUAAUGGCUUUCAAUAGCCUCUUGGCAGAGCAGGGCGACAGGGCCGUUCACCUGUAUCUGGGAUGGGCACUGGUCCAGCUUCUGUCCCCUUACACCUGGAAAAGGUUCGCCGUGCUUUACCACUUCGGGGACCUCGGUGCCGCUUUACAGUCUCGGCCCUGGGACUGUUUGCAACUGACGGAGAUGCUGCUGGGCUGGACCCUCUUCGCUCAUCAAGCCAAAUUAAAGCCGGAUCCGGAGGUUGCCAACGACACCCGCGAUCUUGUCGAAAGCGUAUACGGCAGCCUAAGGGGACGGAUCUCGUCAAGCGAUUGGCUGGGUCCCUUCAUGAACCGACUGCCGGCGAAACUGGGCGUCACGCACGACUACCAGGAUUCCGCACUUGAAGCCGAAGCAUCCGCCCUCAUCGAACUGCCCAACCUGAACUCGAUAUUCCUCGAUAACUGGAUCGAGAUUGUGCGGUACGCACGCGCGCGCAACUUGAGCUUUCUCAAGCUCAGCAGAACGGACCAGGUCAGGUACAUCGCGCCCGGGAAGUCAUGGCCGCCGUUUUCGGUGCAUGACGGCGCUAUCCUGAUGCCCACGCACUCCUUGACCCUCCCGACCUACGAUCCUCUGGUACCGCCGGCUGUCAAGUUCGGCGCUCUGGGCUCGCUGAUCGCCGACGGCGUUUUCAGCUUGCUCCUGGACAAAGUGAUCGGGCAUCCCGCUCCCGAAAAGGCGCUCCUGCGCCGGCUCAGCUGUUACCAGAAGCACAUGGGGCGCCACGGCAACCAGAUGAUCAAGGCGUACAGGGCGGCGUCCCUAACCUUUCUGUGGGACGCGUUCAAUGAAACGACGAGUCAGCAGAACAAAACUCGCCUCGUGGGUCUCCGGGACUACAACCAGGAACAGACUUUCUUCCUCGCGCUUUGCUACCUGCUGUGCUCGAGGGACGAUCCCAGCGACGCGGAGGCCUUGUGCAACGAGCCGCUGAUGGCCAACCCGACCUUCGCCGAGGUCUUUUCGUGUACCGACGGUUCGUCGAUGACUUCGCGUGACAGUACAUGCUUGUUUCCUUGA